UACAAAGCCUUAGGAAAGUUUCCUAAGGCUCUGUAUGGGACAACAGGAGGUACUUACAGUGCACGUGUUUUCCGUCCCUUCAUCUUUAGUGCUGAUAAGAGAACUGGGUACGAGCGAUUGAAGGUGUUGUUGUCGGCCAUAUUGGAUACCUGCUGAAGUACAAUAUUUAACCAAGACUCGUUGUACGAAAAGGUUCGAGAAAGAUGUCUGAUCGAAAAGCUGAGCUAGAGAGAAAACGAAAACGCCUAGAAGAGAUCAAGAAAGCCCGAGAGGAAAAGAAAAAGGAUUUAGAGCACAGUAAAGUAGCAGCCACUCCAAAGACUAUCACUAGUGCCGCUGCCUCAGCAACAGAAUCCAAAGAGACUGAUAUUGAGAGAAAGAAGAGAGAAGCUGAUGAGCUGCUCAAGGGAAUUAUGCCUGAUGAUGUGAUCGAUGGCUCAGCAGUGUCUCCACUAUUACAGAAGUCCAUGAAUACUGAAGCUUCCAGCCCAGGCAAGGAUGUAACAUCAAGACCUUAUGUAUCACCAGAGAAGAAAAAAGCAGUCAAAUUGGGUGUGUCUCAGCUUACACAGACAAAUAUUCCACCAAAGGAACCUGUCUUAUACAACAAAGAGACACAAACUCAAAGUGCUGAACCAGAAGAACCCCCAGAUGAAUUUGAAGCCUCUGCUAUGCCAAAGGCAAAGGAGACAGACGCACAGUCAGAACCAGAAGAUGGAGAAGAAGACAGCAGGGAGGAAGUUACAGUUAUAGAGCUUAGUGAUGAACAAAAGGAACACAUUUUGAAUUCUGGUGAAUUUAGCAAGUUCUUUGACAAAGCCACCCGGCUAAUGGAGAGAGCCUUGUGUGAGACAGUGGAUAUCACAUUUGACUAUUCUGGUGCCGAGACAGAAGACAUGGAGGGAGAUACACAGGCGUCUGGCAAACUGUCAAUCAGUCGACAGUUCUUUGAUGAGCGGUGGUCAAGGCAUAGAACAGUGACAUGUUUGGACUGGUCCACACAGUACCCAGAAUUGUUGGUGGCUUCAUAUAACAACAAUGAAGAUGCCCCUCAUGAGCCAGAUGGCGUUGCACUCAUAUGGAACAUGAAAUAUCAGAAAGAAUCUCCAGAAUACAUAUUCCACUGUCAGUCUGGUGUGACAUCUGUCACUUUUGCCAAGUUUCAUCCUAAUUUGAUUGUUGGUGGCACAUAUUCUGGUCAAAUUGUUCUGUGGGACAACAGAAGUAGUAAAAAGACUCCUGUUCAGAGAACACCACUGUCUGCCACAGCUCACACACACCCAGUGUAUUGUGUAAAUGUUGUGGGAACUCAAAAUGCUCACAAUCUGAUCAGUGUCUCUACUGAUGGUAAAAUGUGCUCCUGGAGUCUUGAUAUGCUCUCGCAGCCUCAGGACAGCAUGGAGCUUCAGUUCAAACAAUCCAAGGCAGUGGCUGUCACGUGUCUGUCGUUCUUGGCUGGCGAUGUCAAUAACUUCGUGGUUGGAAGUGAGGAGGGCUCUGUUUACACGGCCUGUCGACAUGGAAGCAAAGCGGGUAUCAGCGACAUAUUUGAAGGUCAUUACGGUCCGGCCACUGGUAUUGACACUCACUCAGCAGCAGGUCCAAUCGACUUCUCUUACCUCUUCUUAACAUCAUCCUUUGAUUGGACCAUCAAACUCUGGAGUCACAAGAACCCACGCCCGCUGUACUCUUUUGAGGAUAAUGGCGAUUACGUGUAUGACGUUCAGUGGUCCCCAAUCCACCCUGCUUUGUUUGCUGCUGUGGACGGUACAGGGAGACUGGACCUGUGGAACCUUAAUAACGAUACAGAGGUGCCCACAGCAACCACGAGUUCAGAGUCAAUGACGUCACUAAACCNACUGAAAACCCAGAUCAAUUAUUGUAAGUUAAUGUAG